AGCGGGUUGCCAUUAUGUUUAAGGCAAAUCUUAAGACGUGGUACCGGCUUUUUUAACAAAAUUAAGAAAGACUGUUUGACACUUUUCUCAAGAGUGCUCAUGACAUGUUUUCAGAAUAAAGACAGAAGAAGAUUCUGGGCCCUUGGAAAGGAAGCUAUCGACGGCUGUAGGAUAUUUCUGACGCGUAUUCCGAGAUUUAGCUAGCUAGCUAGCGAUCAAGGUUGCUAGCAUACGCCAGAGAACACUGAGACGCGCCACAACGUUAGCUGACCGACCAGCCUAGUUAGCGGCUAGCGAUGUCUUUCCGCCGCCAGAAUCAACAGUCUGGACCAAGUGGCCGCAAAACGUCUAAUGGACCUUCUGGAUCGGCCGGAAUGUCACCGACAGUUCCUGGGAGCAACACUACCAGACCAACCCCUGGAAGGAACAGAAACUCUGUGAAGCCUCCCUCACAGUCUCCUCCUGUGUUUGAGGGAGUCUACAAUAACUCCCGGAUGCUCCAUUUCCUCACAGCUGUAGUGGGCUCUAGGUGUGACGUGCGGGUGAAGAAUGGCAGUGUGUACGAGGGGAUAUUUAAGACACUAAGUUCGAGAUGCGAGCUGGCGGUGGACGCCGUGCACAAACUAAGGACUGAAGACGGGGAUGGUUGUGGAGGCGGUACGUCCGCACACCCCAGGAGAGAGGAGAUCACAGACACCAUGAUCUUUAGCCCCAGUGACUUGAUCACCAUGACCUGCAGAGACGUGGAUCUCAACUAUGCUACACGAGACACCUUUACAGACUCGGCGAUCAGCUCAUCCAGAGUAAACGGUGAUCACCGAGAGAAGGUGCUGCAGAGGUGGGAUGGUGGAGACAGCAACGGAGAGAACUACGAUCUAGAUACAGAUGCAUCUAAUGGUUGGGAUGCCAGUGAGAUGUUCCGCUUCAAUGAAGAAACCUAUGGGGUGAAGUCCACCUACGACUCAAGCCUCUCAAUGUACACCGUUCCCCUAGAGCGAGGUAGCUCUGAGGGUUUCCGACAGCGAGAGGCACGAGCUGCACGACUGGCCAGUGAGAUUGAGGCCAGCGCACAGUACCGCCACAGAGUGGCGCUGGAGAACGAUGAAGGGAGGAGCGAAGAGGACAAGUACAGCGCCGUAGUGCGGGAUGGCGACAGAGAGAGGGGUAGAGACAGCCCCGGCUUCUCCAGCUCUGGAAGCCGGGAGGGCAAAUACAUUCCCUUACCACAAAGAGCGAGAGAGCGAGAAAUUGGUGCAUCCAGAGGUGACCGAGAAAGAGGCGGACCCUCCUCCGCACUUCCUAAUCGAACAAACAGACCUGCCCCCUCAAGCUCGUCCCCCAGGCCGCCUCUCCCCUCUGGUAGUGGUCAGCCCACUCCACCUUCUGAUAGGAACAGUCCGUUGUCAAUCAGAGGUGGAUAUUCUCCCCACCAAGCACAGUGUAGCCCACCUGCUCAAUCCCGGCCCUUAGAGGCGGGCCACGCCAGUCCUCCUGCCCCACACAUGCUUCCCCAUUCUCUUUCACACCCUCAGUCUCUCUCUGACUCUGCACGACCUGUUAAUGGAGUGUCCUCGAGAACAUCUCCCAAAUCUCAAAGGCCUGCACAACCCAGAAGCUUGCGCACCUCCAACUCUCACUCUUCACCUACAGUCUCGCAUUCCCCCAAACCUGAUGCACCCAACCAGGACUCCCCUCUGACUGCUCCUUCCUACCUGGACACCUCUUCAGUUACCAUGGUGACCCCAAAGCCCUCCGGCCCCACCCCAACCUUCCCUGUAGAUGUUUUCUCUCCGUUUCUGUGUUCUGUUCAUUUAUUUUCAUUUUUUCUUUUCGUUCAACUUUUUGUGUCAGUGAAUGAGAUCUUAUCCAAGGAGAGGACAGAGAGCCCUGUCAGUCCUCAGGAAGGCAAGGGCAGUAAAGCUGCUUCACUUCAGCAAAGGUCACAGAUAGAGGAACUUCGCAAAUUUGGGAAGGAGUUCAGACUUCACUCUAGCUCCUCAUCCUCCAGUCCCAAUACUUCAGCUACACCCAGUGAUCCUGCUCAGCCAAGCCCUACCCAAAGCACACAGACAGACUCCACCCCCUCCACAGAGCCCAACACGGUAUCCCCUACAACUCCAACACAGGAACUUCCAUCAGAUGACGCGGGCAGAGAAACGAGUGCUGAGGGUCCAGCAGCAGCCACCCCACCAUCUGUCACACCCACUGUCACACCUUCUGCCACACCUGGUGGUGUUUCCCAACCCUCUGGUCCAGAUGGACAAACGGCAGUGCCGCCCCAGCCUGCAAGGACACCAGGCAGGGAGGACGGCAGACCUGAGGCUGCAGACAGAGCGGAGGGUGUAGCUGAUCAAGUGAAGAAGUCCACACUAAAUCCCAAUGCCAAAGAGUUCAAUCCUGCCAAGGCCCCUCUCACUAUGGUGAAGCCUUCUGCGACCCCCACGACUCCACGACCCACGCCUCCAAGUCCCUCAGUGGUGCUCCAGCCUCCUGCAGGACAAGGAGCCAUCUACAGCCCUCCGUAUCUGAGCUACGUCUCAACAAUACCCUUACAGGGCCACUCUGUGCAGGCCCCUCAAAUGUACCAGUAUGCCGUGUCUACCGUGAGCCAGGGAAAGUACCCCAGAACUAAAGGUUCCGUGGUCGCUCCUCGUCCAGACCACAACUCUUCGGCACCUCCUAUGAUCCAGGCAGCAGCGUCGGCAGCAGGUCCUCCGCUCGUGGCUUCUCCUUAUCCUCAAUCUUACCUGCAGUAUAGCCAGGUCAUCCCUGCCAUGCCACACUAUCCUGGACAGCCGGUGUAUUCCAUGCUGCAAGGUGGAGCGCGGAUGCUGAGUUCAGGGGGACACCCUCAGACUCUUGGCCCUCCUGGUCCUCAAUAUCCUGGCCAAACUGAGGGACCCCCAGGAGCCCAGCAGGGCAUGUAUGCCCCCCAGUCAUUCUCUCAUCACUCAGGCUCCAUGCAUCCUCCGCAGCCGUCCACCACUCCUACUGGCAGCCAGCCGCCCCCUCAACACCCUGCCCCCAGCCCAGGACAGUCUGGACAAUCAGGUCCACAGCCACAGACCUUGUAUCAUUCAGCUCCUCUGUCAGCUCCCACUCCCCCUAAUCUGCCCCCAGGCCACAGCUCUCCCCAGGCCUCAUACCCUCUCCAGGGCUACAGCCUGCCAGGUCACCAGCCCCUACCCCACCCCUACUCAUCCAUUGGGCAGCUCACACAGGCUCAUGUCCCAGGAGCGCUGUCGGGUCCUCACCACUCUGGGGGUCAUGGGCCUCCUCCGAUGAUGCUACUUCAUGCUGCUCCUCCUCCCCCUCAGCAGGGUCCCGGUUCUGGUCCUGGCCCCCAGCACCCCACACAUGCACCUCCACCACCCCAACAAGGAACUCACCAGCACUACACCUACAUUGGGCACCCGUCAGCUGUGCAGGUGCAGCCCCACCCUUCCCAACAGCUGCCCUUCCACCCUCCUGGAAACUGAGUCAGAAUUCAGGCUCCAUCUGCCCCCUAAUAUUUGGUGUGAGAGUUCCUCUUGCUGAUUCUGGACCAGACACAUCUACAUGCUAACACACACACACACACCACACACACACACCCCACACACACACACUUUGCUCCAGAAACAGACUUUUUUGUUGUUUUUAUUCUUAUCCAUUGGAAGGACUUUCCCUUUUUUUUUUUUUUCUUUUUUUUUUUUGGUUCAAGUUGAAAGGAUGGGCGCACAGUGUGUGUCUGAACAAGAGGGAAUGAGUGAACGAGUGAGAGUGACCAAGUGAGCAUGAUGAAAUGAAACAAGGGUGAAAGAGGUGUUUUAUAAAAAUAGCAAGAUUUCUCCCUUCCUCCUCAACCCCUAAUUAAAUAAAAAAUAAAAUGGCUAAAAAAAGGAAAAAAAAAAGUAAAAAUAUACAAAAAAUAAACAAAAUUUCAAACUCUAAA